CUACUUGAAUAUAGUUUAUAAUUAGUAUCUUAACACAUAUUCUCCAUAUUCAGUUACUUCACAACACUAUCUCCAUGGACAAAUGCAAGUGAUGGCUCAGACCAAGUUAAUUGUCAUCCAUGGAGACAAGCAGGUGACUGAUCCCCCUCCAGAAAAGCUACACAAUGCACCUUUAGCGUUGGAAGAAUUCACAAAAUUGAGAGAUUUCUAUUUAGUUAAUGAAUAGUUUAAAUUGUAAAACAUAUGCUGUCCUAAGACUUAUUUUUAAAAGCGUGUGUGCAGCAUUUCCAUCAUAUCUUACUGUUGAUCUAUCUAAUGAGACGUCAGCUUGUGUUAAUAGGAUUGAGAGCUCUGAGACUAGAUUCACAUGCUCAGUCACCAUCAGGCCUGCACACAGACGGACGGAUAUGAAGGACCAACAUCUGCCAGCCAUCCCACGGCAACUAUGGCUCAAGCAGAAGACCCCCAGGAAACCCAAAGAGGAAUCAGUGAAGGUGGAUAGUUGUACCGGACCAUCCCCGCCAGGUGUGGUGGGGGCAGUGUCACGGCUCACAGAGGUGGAUAGAAUGAGGCAGUCGCCGUUUGAGCGGGCGGUGUAUGACCUGGCUCAUAAUGAGAAGAUUGCCAACGAAACCAUUUUGGGGCGACGCAUUGGAUUUUAUGAGCUGCGAGGGGAGGUCGGACAGGGGAACUUUUCUAAUGUUCGACUGGGAAUCCAUGCCAUCACAAAAGAGAGAGUUGCAGUCAAAAUUAUGGAUAAGAUGCGUCUGGAUAAGAAGAGUCAGCCCUAUAUGUCCUCUGAGAUCAGCUGUAUGGAGAAACUGUGCCACCCAAACAUAGUGCGUCUCUAUGAAGUGAUAGAGACCAGCAGGAAGUUGUAUUUGGUAAUGGAGUAUGGCAGCGGCGGGGACCUGUUCUCCAAAGUCACCAGCAGGGGGCGACUGAAUGACCUCGAAUCCAAGAUGAUCUUUGCACAAGUGGUGUCCGCUGUCAAGCACAUGCAUGAGAAUAACAUCGUGCACAGAGACAUCAAGCCCGAGAACGUUUUCUAUACCACCAGCCACUGCGUCAAAGUGGGCGACUUUGGAUUCAGCGUUGAGAGCGGCCCUCACGAGCUUCUCAACAGCUUCUGUGGCUCUCCUCCCUAUGCUGCUCCAGAACUGUUUAAAGACAAGGGCUACAUUGGCAGAUAUUCAGACAUCUGGGCUUUGGGCAUCCUCCUGUACUUCAUGGUAACUGCCACGGUGCCCUUCUUCGGAGACAAUAUGAAUCGACUGAAGCGCUGCAUCCUCCAGGGGGUGUACAGCAUCCCAGAAUAUGUCUCAGCUGAGUGCCAGGCUAUAAUUAAAGGCAUGCUUCAACCAGUGCCCAGUGACCGGACCCCCAUAGAGCAAGUUCUUAACGGUUCUUGGCUAUGUGAAAUUGAAUGCCCACCCCCAUUUGCCAUGUUACCCCUCUGUCCUGUUCACUUUGGUCAGGCUAACUCUGCCCUGUGUGCAGAGGAGCAGGAAGUCAAACGCUUGUUGUCAGAUUUGGGGAUUGGGGCAGUUCACUUUCAGAAUAACCCCUGCUCGGACAGUAGGAGCCCCUUAACUGGUAUUUACAGGAUCUUGUUACAUCGGGUACAAAAGAGGAGGACAGUGGAGGCUGUGGGGUACACAAAACUCCACCCAAAUGAGUACAGGAGGCAGAGGAAGUGGUCCAUGACUUCUUUAGACAAGCACAAUCCAUCAGCUGUAUGUGUUAUUCUAUAAAAAUCAACUAGUGCACUUUACCAUUUGUCACUGUGAAAAAUAAAACAUGCUUCUUUUUAGCAUGCUACACAGUUAAAUCCAUAUCAUUUGAGCCUAGUCCCACACCUCCUCAACCAGUAAAUAUGUUGAGUGAUCACUAUAUCCUCCUGCAACUUCUCUGAACCAUGGCAACCAAUAAGUCCCACUCAAGUUGGUGAAUAUUUAUAAGUGUAUAUACAGAAAUGUGUGAAGCAAUGUAGGAAAGUACCACAAAUUUGGGUUCACUUUUGACUUAACUUUUACUCUCGCGCAAAUUUUGGUUUCACUUCAGAAUCAGAUUUACUUUUUAUUCAUCCCCAAGGGGAGAUUUGACUUGCAACUUGGCCUUUUCCAUUGAGAUAGAUAAGUAUCACACGUUACUUAAUAACUGAAGAACUGAAGAAGCAGCUUGAAGCAGCUUUCGACCAAAAUAAACAUUUGUCCAGUUGCCAUGACUUAAUAACCUUCAAAGCAAAGCAAUAACAUCUGCAUGAAAAUAAGCAGGCAUAUCCUCCAGAAGAAAUGUUAUAUAGUGCAAAUUUAACACUAAAAUCUUCUAAAUAUUGAGGGUUAUGUAACAGGUUUCGGCCUGUCCCAAACUCAGCCUAAAGCGACUCCUCUUUGUAAUACCUUUGACAUCAGCAGAAACAGCCUCAGCACAAUGGGCUCUGACGCACUUCAUUCAUCAGUGUAUGGCACAAGCAUCUUCAUCCCGUGUACUUAAAGGAUCAAUCUCCCAAUGAAUUUAAGGCUAAUCCUUAUGGGGAUGUGCACUUAAGUCAUGCUGCUAGAACAAAAUGUGUUUAUCCAUAUUCAACCGAUUAUGAACUUUCUAAAGCUUUUGGUGCUUUAAAACAAUGCGUCAACUGCCUUUAAGUGGGAUUUACCAAUUAUUUGCAUGUAUAAUUUUACAGAUUUGUUUUGCACACAGACUUGGCUUGUUUUACUUUU